AUGAUGAUACUAUCAAGUCUGCUAGUUUUAUGUCUUGCCGGUUUCACCAUCUCGGCUCCAGCUACUAUUGUCUCCGGCUUUGGAGUGGAAGGAAUUCUAGAAGAAGCACAAAAACGACAUGACAAAAUGGUGGAUAGCUCUCCGGAGAAAGCUGGAGCUCCAGUUGUUGAUGGAAGUACAGAGGAUUCGUCAUCCCACGAAUCUAAUCCCCAAAAGUCAAGCUUCACACCUCCUGGAAUGAUCCACGUUGGUCCGGAUACUGUAGUUUCUGGUCGUGAACAUAUUCAUGAUCCUGAACAUGGAAACGAUGAUGUGAUAUUCACUGAAACCCCGAAAAGCAAUCAUAAAAUGCAAAAAGUGACCACAGAGAUGUUUGGAGCUGAUGACGUGGAAGUUGGAGGAAAUUCAGAAGACCAUCAUCAUCAUUAUCAUCGUGAUAAUCAUCAAAAUUAUAAUCCGGAUAUUGGAAUGCAGGAGAAACAGCAAUUCAAAAAGGGAUGGGCGCCAACUGAAAUUGUAUGGUCAUCUGGAACAAUGUCCAAUGGAUAUAAUGGAGGAAUCAGGAGACCAGAAUAUCGGAAUUUGUUCGCUCAACGACAUUGA